GCGGCUCCGCGGUGCUGCAGGACGAGGCGCCGCGCCGCGACGUCGCCAUCGACAUGGACGCGCGGAGCAGCCAGCAGCUGCAGCUCAUCGAGGAGCAGGAUUCCUACAUCCAGAGCCGUGCCGACACCAUGCAGAACAUCGAGUCCACCAUCGUGGAGCUGGGCUCCAUCUUCCAGCAGCUGGCGCACAUGGUGAAGGAGCAGGAGGAGACGAUCCAGAGGAUCGACGCCAGCGUGGAGGAUACGCAGCUCAACGUGGAGGCCGCCCACGGCGAGAUCCUCAAGUACUUCCAGUCCGUCACCUCCAACCGCUGGCUCAUGGUCAAGAUCUUCCUCGUUCUCAUCGUCUUUUUCAUCGUCUUCGUCGUGUUCCUGGCCUGAGCCGCCUUCUCCGUGCGCGCACGGACUCGGCCGGCACCCGGCCUUGGACCUGCCCGUUGGGGGGACGGGGCAGGGCUGCGCUGGCCGCCCGGACUGAAGCCCCCCCGGCUCUGGGACCACAUAGGAGCCUCCUGGGCGCUCCGUGCUGCCCAGGGCGGCUCC